UUGCCCCCGUGCCACAUCCUCCCCGAGCACCGCCGCCCGUGCGCCUCCCUGCUCUCGGACCCCUCCUACAACCCGCAUCGUCUCCAGUGCCCGGCGCGAUCGAUUCUUCCAACGCCACCGCUCGGCCUGCUUCUCUCGACGCCGCCGCCCGGAUCUUCCUCCAACCCCGCCGCACCUCCUCCUCGAACGCCGCCGCCGCGCCUGCAAAGCCCCAGCCGCUGACACCGUCGCGCGCUCUCCCUCGCGCCCGUAUUUCCCCGGCCCCUCGCUGUGGGCACCAGCGCGUCCCGACCUGUCUCCCAUCUCGGCUUCCCUAACUCCACUCCACCAUGGCCCCAGAAAGGAGUGGGUCUAAGAAGCAGGAGCUCAACUCUAAGAAAAAGCUAGACAAGAAGCUCAGCUUCUAUACAAAAGUGAAAGAUGCGGUUACCUCCCUACAGGCCAAAAAGGCUAUCAGUAAGAAAAAGAAACAGAGGAGCCGCCAGAAGAAACUGAAAGCAUAUGAUCUGUCAGCACUUUCUGAGUUCCUUCCACAAACAACCAGCUCCCAGCAGCAGACAGAAGUAAAGCUUAACCGCAAAUCGAAGCAGGCUUUAGUGCAACGAGAGUCUGCUCAACUGAAUGCUGUACUGAACAAUGCUCAGUUCCAGCUAGACCCAUUGGCUGCAAUUCAUCAGCAUCUGGUAUCAACACAACCGCCUUCUUCAGUGAAAGACGGCGAGUCUGUGAAUAGCGGAAAGAAAUCUAGGAAGGACAAGAAAAGGAAAAAGAAGAAGAAGAACAAUGCUUUGUCGACCCCUCAGUCGAUGGAUAUCUGAUACUGUGAACUGACUAUCUAAAGAAAUGAACGAAGUUGUUUUUCUUAUCUUGGUUUGAAGGUGGCCCUUGGUAUGUGUGAACUUGGAAGUUGUAAAAUUUUGCUACUAGUGCGAGUUUCCUAUGUCUGAACUUCCAGAUUGUUUGCAAAAUCACCGGAUUUAGCUCA